AUGAGGUCAGAACAAGAGCGUGAGAUUUCAAGUAUGUCGCCAACCAUGGAGGAGCCCCUUGUUGACAAGACAGGAGGGCCAAAAGAGAGCUUGGUGGUGACUGAGGUCAAGAAGCAGCUGUACCUGGCCGGGCCUCUCAUCGCCGGAUGCCUGCUGCAGAACGUCGUGCAGAUGAUCUCGGUCAUGUUCGUCGGCCAUCUCGGUGAGCUCGCUCUCUCGAGUGCCUCCAUCGCCACCUCCUUUGCCGGUGUCACCGGCUUCAGCUUGUUGGCUGGCAUGGCGAGCAGCUUGGACACACUUUGUGGGCAAGCCUUCGGGGCAAAACAGUACUACCUGCUCGGCAUCUACAAGCAGAGGGCCAUCCUUGUGCUCACUCUGGUGAGCGCUGUGGUUGCGGUGGUCUGGGCCUACACCGGGCAGAUCCUCCUGCUCUUCGGCCAGGACCCGGAGAUCGCCAUGGGGGCGGGGAGCUACAUCCGGUGGAUGAUUCCGGCACUGUUCGUCUACGGGCCGCUGCAGUGCCACGUCCGGUUCCUCCAGACGCAGAACAUCGUCCUCCCGGUGAUGGCGAGCUCCGGCGUCACGGCACUGAGCCACGUGCUCGUGUGCUGGUUGCUGGUGUACAAGCUUGGGCUGGGCAACAAGGGCGCUGCCCUGGCCAACGCCAUCUCGUACCUGGCCAAUGUGUCAAUCCUGGCUCUCCACAUCAGGCUCUCUCCAUCCUGCAAGAGCACAUGGACAGGGGUCUCAAGGGAGGCGUUCCGCGGCAUCGUCAGCUUCAUGAAGCUCGCCGUGCCAUCUGCGCUCAUGGUUUGCUUAGAGUGGUGGUCGUUUGAGCUGCUGGUGCUUCUCUCCGGACUUCUCCCAAAUCCUAAGCUCGAGGCAUCGGUACUGUCCAUCAGCUUAAACACAGGUUCGUUGGCAUUCAUGAUCCCCUUCGGGCUUGGGGCAGCCAUAAGUACCCGUGUCUCAAACGAGCUUGGUGCUGGGCGACCGGAAGCUGCCCGUCUGGCUACUCGUGUGAUUAUGGUUCUGGGUCUCGCAACGGGUGUGUCGCUAGGACUUAUUAUGAUUUCGGUGCGCAAUCUAUGGGGGUAUGCCUACAGCAACGAGAAGGAAGUGGUGGAGUACAUUGCAAGGAUGAUGCCUAUUCUCUCCGUGUCCAUCGUUUUCGACGAUCUGCAAUGUGUUCUUUCAGGUGUUGUUAGGGGCUGUGGCUUGCAGAAGAUCGGUGCUUGUGUCAACCUCAGUGCAUACUACCUUGUCGGCAUCCCGGCGGCGCUAUGCUUUGCCUUUGUCUACCAUCUUGGCGGAAUGGGGCUGUGGUUCGGAAUAAUCUGCGGACUAGUCGUGCAGAUGAUGUUGCUGCUGGCCAUUACCAUGUGCACCAACUGGGAUAAAGAGGCUCUCAAGGCAAAGGACAGAGUCUUCAGUUCGUCCCUGCCUCAUGACAUGACGACAUGA